UUUUUGUUUUUAUUUUUUUAUAUAUAAACUUAAGAAUUAUCAUCACAAGUGUUUUUAAAUAAUUUUUUAUUGCUAAAUUUGUUCGUUAAACAUCAAUGAAAAUGAACAUGUAAUAACUUUGAUUUUAUUUAUUAGUUUCUAUUUAUGACAAGCGCUAACAAAUGUAUUUAUGCAUUUAGAUGAGUAAUCCCACUGUGGAACAAGUGCAUACACUCCUAACAUUCCUAGCAGAGCACCAGGAGUUAGCUCGUGGCCACUGUAGAAAUGCAGAAGGGCGAACAAGAUCCACCCAAUUAUGGGUUCGUCUCACAGACGAACUCAAUGCAUUGGGUGGAUGCACUAAAACUGUAAAGCAGUGGCAGAAGGUAUGGGCUGACAAAAAAUAUCUAACUAAAAAAGCUGCUACUGCUGCUCGAAGGUCUGCCACAGCCACUGGGGUAGGGCAAUCAUCUGCUGUUCCUUUAAACCCAAUACAGUGCAGAAUAUUGGGUAUUAUGGGAGAGGGCUUUGGAGAACCUCAGUCGGAUGCACAUGUUCCUGCAUUUCCAGAGAACUUCAACGGCUACUACACGUCGUCAGAGCGACGACGCCGUCGAGCCGCCAUUGGACCUCGCAGUAUACGCAGGCGUUUGUUCGAAAUGGAGGAGCGGCGAAUCGCAGCGGAGGAUCGACGGGUGGUAGAGUCAGGGUUGAUUCGCCAAUCACUCCAGGAAUUAAAUGUAUUAAUAAGGGAUCGAUUGGAUGGUCUACAAAUAGAAUUAAGACGACUGAAUAGCUGA